AUGAAGAAAGAUUGUAAGAAGGAUGAUAAGACGGAGAAGGUUAAGUUAUGUUACUUACAAGUAUCAAGCAAGGAACCGGAAAACAAUGACGAUGAGAAGAAGAAUAAGAAUAAGGGUGAGAAGAAGGAUGUACAAAAGGAAAACAAGGAGGAUAAGAAAAAGGAUGUGGAGGAGAAACACAAAGAGGAUGAAAAGAAGGGUGUGAAGAAGGAAAACGAGGAGGAUGAGAAGAAAAAUGUGAAGAAGGAAACCAAGGAAAAUGAGGAGAAGAGUGUGAAGAAGAAGGAAAACAAAAUGGGUGAGAAGGAAGCAAAGAGGCAUUCUCACAAAGAGUAA